AUGUCUAACGAUAAAUACGCUACCCCACUGUCUUCCAGAUACGCCUCGGAUGAGAUGUCUAAAAUCUUCUCUUUACGUCACCGUUUUUCCACCUGGAGAAAAUUGUGGUUGACUCUGGCCAAAGCUGAAAAGGAGGUUGGUCUUGAAAUGAUCACUGAUGAGGCCAUCGCCGAGAUGGAGAAACAUUUGGAGAUCACUGACGAGGAAAUUGAAGAUGCAAAGAAGGAAGAGGCUAUUGUUCGUCAUGAUGUCAUGGCCCACGUUCACACUUUCGGUAAGACGUGCCCUGCAGCUGCUGGAAUUAUUCACUUGGGAGCCACUUCAUGUUAUGUCACUGACAACGCAGAUCUGAUCUUUUUGCGUGAUGCUUACGACAUACUGAUCCCCAAGUUGGUUAAUGUGAUUGACCGUUUAUCCAAAUUUGCACUUGAAUACAAGGAUCUGCCUGUUCUCGGUUGGACUCACUUUCAACCAGCUCAAUUAACCACCGUGGGGAAACGUUCUACUCUUUGGUUGCAGGAGUUAUUGUGGGAUUUGCGUAACAUGCAACGUGCCAGAGACGACAUUGGUUUGCGUGGUGCUAAGGGAACCACUGGAACUCAAGCCUCCUUCUUAUCCCUUUUCCAUGGUAACCAUGAUAAGGUCGACGAGUUGGAUGAAAAAAUCGUGGAGUUGCUCGGAUUUGACCAUGCUUAUCCUUGUACUGGUCAAACAUAUUCCCGAAAGAUUGAUAUUGAUGCAGUUGCUCCAUUAUCAUCUUUGGGUGCCACUGCCCACAAAAUGGCUACUGAUAUCCGUUUGUUAGCAAACUUGAAAGAAAUUGAGGAACCGUUCGAAAAGUCACAGAUUGGUUCUUCUGCUAUGGCUUACAAGCGAAACCCAAUGAGAUCCGAGCGCGUCUGCUCUUUGGCUAGGCACUUGGGAUCUCUGUACCAGGAUGUUUUUCAAACCUCUGCUGUGCAAUGGUUUGAGAGAACUUUGGACGAUUCGGCCAUUCGUCGUAUCUCGCUUCCUUCAGCUUUCUUGACCGCUGACAUUCUACUGUCAACACUGUUGAACAUUACAUCUGGUUUGGUGGUUUACCCUAAAGUGAUUGAGCGCAGAAUCAAGUCAGAGCUCCCAUUCAUGGCAACUGAGAACAUCAUUAUGGCCAUGGUCGAGAACGGUGGCUCCCGUCAAGAUUGUCACGAAGAAAUUCGUGUCUUGUCUCACCAAGCUGCUGCUGUAGUUAAAGAACAGGGUGGUGACAACGAUCUGAUCGAACGUAUUAAGAAUACCGAAUAUUUCAAACCGAUCUGGGAUGAUCUUGAGAAACUGUUGGAUCCAUCGACCUUUGUUGGUCGUGCUCCUCAGCAAACUGAAAAAUUCGUUAAGGUAACUGUUGCUGAAGCCCUAAAGCCUUACCAAAGUUAUAUCAACGAUGAAGCUGUCAAGUUGAGUGUGUAA